AUGUCGACGCCCUCGUCCGCUUUGCAGCUGCCCCCACCUGCCGCCUCCCGUCCUCCCGAGUGCCCCCCACCCGCCGCGCUGUCCUCUGUACUGACCGAGUUACACCUGACGCGCGUCGUGCCGACUCUGUGGUGCAUUGGGAGCCACCGGCCCGCGCGCUUUCGCCUCACACCGUCGCACUGUGUAAUCGAAGGCGUCGACAGUUGCACAGAAGAGACCGCGUGGGACGACGUCUUGGGCGCCCACGUGCGCACAGCGGACGGAAAGCCUAUUGACGCGGCAGUGGACUAUACUACUGGGGCAGACCCCAAUGCCUCGUUCGUGUUGACUCUGUACGUCUGCGGCUCGCAGCAGCUCAGGCCCAAGACGUUGAAGAAGCGCAAGACGAGCGAGUUCGUGUUUCGAUGUACUGGACAGCAGCUGCCACAGGUUGUCAGGCUGCAGCAGUGCAUUAACUUUCUAGCGGACCCGAGGAACCAGGAGAGCGUGCAGAAGGUCGAGACGCUGGACGACCUGGAGCUUGUCGAGCGACCGCCACGCAAGUACCUGGUGCUAGUGAACCCUGUCAGUGGACCAGGACGUGCGAUGCAGAUCUACGAGAACAAGGUGGCACUGCUGUUUCAGCAUGCCAAUGUAACGACGGAUGUAAAAAUCAUGGACCACGCGCAGCACGCGACGGAAGCCGUGAUGGAGAUGCCGUUGGGUGUGUACGACUGUGUCGUGGGGGUGGGCGGCGACGGCACUUUAUACGAGAUUGUACAGGGUUUGAUGAAACGAGCAGACUGGAACAGAGCCAUUCGACAACCGAUCGGGGUCAUUCCUGGUGGAUCGGGCAACGGUCUCGCGCACUCUAUCUGCCAUCGAAGCGGUGAAGAGGGCAAGCCGGUGAAUGCUGCUUAUAUCUUGGCGAAGGGUAUGCCGCAUAACUUGGACAUCACGUCGGUGUCGAAUGGAAAAGAGACGACGUACUCGUUCUUGUCGCUGGAGUGGGCUUCCAUUGCUGAUGUCGACAUUGGAUCGGAAAACCUGCGUAUGCUAGGCGGACUGCGGUUCACGGUAUCAUUUGUGAACCAGUUGCUGUUCCAGAGACCCGAUUAUCCGGGCAAAAUUUGGUACCUUGAAGAAGACGAGAACGAAAACCCUCCGCUGUACUUUGAGAAGCACGAUCCCGAGUCGACGGAUCGGCCUAAGAUGGACUUGGUCGUUGGAAAGGGUCAAGAUUUGUCUGGCGUUUUGCAGCAAACGACUGGAGAAGAGAUCCAAACGAAGACUGAAAAGGACGCUGGCAAGGGUGGUAAGUGGAAGGAGCUAUGCGGUCAUUUCCGUGUCGUCUGGACGAUGAACGUAUCACACGCGGCUUCCGACGCUCACGUUGCUCCCGACGCGGAGUUGGACGACGGCUUCAACUACAUCACGCUCAUGGAUGGCUCACACUCUCGCAGGAACCUGGUCGCUAUGAUGUUGGCCAUUGAAACGGGCGGGCACGUGGACAAGAAGGGCGUGCAGCAUGUGCGCACACGAGCGUUCAAGAUCAUGCCGGAUCGGGCUGACGACCUUAUGUGCGUGGACGGCGAGUUGAUGGAUGGUCCAUACCUCGAGGCAGAAGUGCACCGUGGCAUGGCUUGCAUUAUGGCCAUUCCUCGCUGUCCGAGGAAUAGCGAAAAGUAG